AUGAAGCUUACACGCAAGUGUUUUGGAAACAUCACCAAGAUGUUGGACUAUUAUUCUCAAUUCAAUCCAUCGCCACUUUCUAUCAAACAAUUCAUUGACUUUGGAAUGAGUGCCUGCGAAAGAAAGUCGUUUAUAUUUUUGAGGAAAGAAAUUCCUGUGAGACUCGCUAAUAUCAUGAAAGAAAUUCACUUACUUCCUGAACAUCUAUUGAGAAUGCCUAGUCUCAGAAUUAUUAAUAAUUUAUAUGUUACAUCCUUUGAAGAAAUAAUAGAGUUUGAAAAGUCUGAAAUCAGUAAAGAAACUUUGGACAAAUUUUGUCAAGCAUUAAUUAAAAUUCGAAAUCGACAUUCAGAUGUAGUAGAAGUGAUGGGAAAUGGUGUUUUAGAACUUAAAGAGUCUCAUGAUGUGGAUGCUCAGAUGGAAAACAAUAUUCAGUAUUUUUUAGACAGAUUUUUUAUGUCUAGAAUAUCGAUUCGAAUGCUUAUAAAUCAACAUACUUCUUUGUUCGGAGGUGAUCUGAAUGGUGAUCAUCGACACGUUGGUUGGAUUGAUCCUUUUUGUAAUGUUGCUAGUGUUGUAAAGGAUGCAUAUGAAAGUGCACGGCUUCUUUGUGAUAAAUAUUAUUUAGCGAGUCCAGAUUUGAUCGUUCGACAACACAACGAACUUGAUCGAGGCAGUGAAAUACGGAUAGUUUAUGUUCCAAGUCAUUUAUAUCAUAUGCUAUUUGAACUUUUCAAGAACAGCAUGAGAGCAGUGAUGGAAUAUCAUGAUGGUCAUUCAGAUUAUCCACCUCUCAAAGUGACCAUUGUUUGUGGAAAAGAGGAUAUAUGUGUCAAGAUGUCAGAUCGUGGUGGUGGAAUACCACGUUCGCAGAUGGAUUACCUGUUCAAAUACAUGUAUAGUACAGCACCACAGCCAAGUAAAUCUGAUGCUCAUACUGUACCAUUGGCUGGGUAUGGUUACGGUCUUCCUCUAUCUAGAUUGUACGCGAGGUAUUUUCAUGGUGACAUAAUCCUUUUGAGCUGUGAAGGAUAUGGAACUGAUGCAGUUGUAUAUCUCAAGGCUUUGUCAAAUGAAGCUAAUGAAUUGCUACCAGUAUUCAAUAAGACAUCAUCGAAGUUCUAUAGGACACCAUUGCCAACAGCAGAUUGGAGUAGUUCAUGUUCAGGUGGUAUGGCAGCGAGGCAAUUGAAUGUGGGAAAUAACAAUGGACAUAAAUUACCCAAUGGACUUCGAGUAAAUUCAUGCUAGCAAUUUUUAUAUCAUUAAAAGUAUAAGUGAAGGUUCAUUUGCGCUAAUUUAAUUCGAAAAUUUCAGCUAAACAAUCCUUUAUAUAUAUUUAUAUUUUACAUAAAUCUUUUUAUCUUUAUAUCUAUUUUAUAAAUCACACUAGAGAAAAUAGCUUUGUGAAAUUUUCAAUAUUUCGUUUUGCAUGAUUACAAUUUAUUUAAAAUUUAAAUAUGAUGAUUAUAUCGAAAUUUAUAUUACAACCAAAAUUAUUCUAAUAUUUAUUUUUAUAUUUGAUGUGUUUAUGAAAAUAUGGCAAUUUAAGAGAAGAUUAAUUUUCAUUACGUCAUUUAGCAGUUAUCAAAUAACUUGUUUUAUGGCCGUGACACAAAUUGUGAACUGUGAUGCUUAAUAUUAAUUUUUUUAAUUCAAUUGUUGACAAUUGUUUAUACAAUUUUUAAUGUACAGUGCAUUUUAGAGACUGAGAUAUAAAGAGAAAACUAAAUUAAAAAUACUUUACGAGUGCUGUAAAUAUCAUACAGCAUCAGACUAUCCAUCAAACAUUUGAAAAUUCGUUUAUAUUAUAAUAUUACUAAGGAUCAUUCUUUCGUAAUUUAUCGUGAAAUUACAGAAGCAUAAUAGCUAUUUGAUAAAUUUGAAAAUAUAUCAACGUUAUAGAAAUUUAGGGAAACAAUUUAUAUAUAGCAGAACUGUUGAAUAAUCUAGAGCAUAGAAGUUGAAUUUGGAAAAAGAAAUUUUUGAAAUACAAAGAAACUUUUUCAAAUGCAUAUGGUUAUACAUAGCCGGUCAACUAAUUGUAAAUAAAAAAUUUAAAAAGUUA